UCUUUUAGGGUCCUUUGAAGAUCUCGCUGUUCGUUUCAUGGACAAGGAGUGGGCGUUGCUGGAUCCUGACCAGAGAGCUCUGCAUAAGGACGUCAUGGAGGAGAAUUGUGGAAUCGUGGCCUCUGUUGAUUGUGAUGAAUCAGAAAUCGAGAACAAGGAUGACCAUGAUAAAAUUCCCAAAGAGGAGAAACCACGUAAAAAUUUGAAGUGUGGAGAAAGCUACAGUCAGAGCUCCCAUUCCACUUCCCAUCAACAAAAUCUCAUUGGAAAGAAACUCUAUCACUGCGUGGAAUGUGGAAAGAGCUUCAGUAAGAGAACCCAUCUCACUUCCCAUCAAAGAAUUCAUACACAGGAGAAACCAUAUCCGUGUGUGGAAUGUGGAAAGAGCUUCAGUCAAAGCUCCACUCUCACUUCCCAUCAAAGAAUUCAUACAGGGGAGAAACCAUAUCAUUGUAUGGAAUGUGGAAAGAGCUUCAGUCAGAGGUCCUCUCUGACUAAGCAUCAGAGAAUUCAUACGGGGGAGAAACCAUAUCACUGCUUUGAAUGUGGAAAGAGCUUCACUGAUAGCUCCAAACUCACUUCCCAUCAAAGAAUUCAUACAGGAGAGAAUUCCUAUCAGUGUGUGGAAUGUGGAAAGAGUUUUAGUCGCAGCGACAGUCUCACUUCCCAUCUAAGAAUUCAUACAGGGGAGAAACCAUAUCAGUGUUUUGAAUGUGGAAAGAGCUUCACUGAGAGCUGUUCUCUCACUUCCCAUCAAAGAAAUCAUACAGGGGAGAAACCAUAUCAGUGCUUUGAAUGUGCAAAGAGCUUCAAUGAUAGCUCCUCUCUCACUUCCCAUCAGAGAAUUCAUACAGGGGAGAAACCCUACCAGUGCUUUGAAUGUGGAAAGAGCUUCAGGCACAGCCAAAGUCUCAAUUCCCAUCUAAGAAUUCAUACAGGGGAGAAACCAUAUCAGUGCUUUGAAUGUGGAAAGAGCUUCAGUUGUAGCACAGAGCUCACUUCCCAUCAAAGAAUUCAUACAGGGGAGAAACCAUAUCAGUGCUUUGAAUGUGGAAAGAGCUUCAGGCACAACCAAAGUCUCAAUUCCCAUCUAAGAAUUCAUACAGGGGAGAAACCAUAUCAGUGCUUUGAAUGUGGAAAGAGCUUCAGUAGGAGCACCGAGCUCACUUCCCAUCAAAGAAUUCAUACAGGGGAGAAACCCUAUCAGUGUGUGGAAUGUGGAAAGAGCUUCAGGAAGAGUCACAGUCUCACUUCCCAUCAAAAAAUUCAUACAGGGGAGAAACCAUAUCAGUGCUUUGCAUGUGGAAAGAGCUUCAGUAGAAGCACCGAUCUCACUUCCCAUCAAAGAAUUCAUACAGGGGAGAAACCCUAUCAGUGUGUGGAAUGUGGAAGGAGCUUCAGUCGCAGCCACAGUCUCACUUGCCAUCAAAGAAUUCAUACAGGGGAGAAACCCUAUCAGUGUGGGCAAUGUGGAAAGAGCUUCAGUAGGAAGGACAGUCUCACAUCCCAUCAAAGAAUUCAUACAGGAGAGAAACCCUAUCAGUGCUUUGAAUGUGGAAAGGGCUUCAGUCAGAGCUGCGAUCUCACUUCCCAUCGGAGAAUUCAUACAGGGGAGAAACCAUAUCAGUGCUUUGAAUGUGGAAAGAGCUUCAUUCAGAGCUCCUCUCUCACUUCCCAUCAAAUAAUUCAUACAGGGGAGAAACCCUAUCAGUGUUUUGAAUGUGGAAAGAGCUUCAGUAGCAAGAACAGUCUCACUUCCCAUCAAAGAAUUCAUACAGGGGAGAAACCUUAUCAGUGUGUGGAAUGUGGAAAGAGCUUCAUUCAUCGCUCCUCUCUCACUUUCCAUGAAAGAAGUCAUACGGGGGAGAAACCCUACCAGUGCGUGGAAUGUGGAAAGAGCUUCACUUGUAGCACUGAGCUCACCUCCCAUCAAAGAAUUCAUACAGGGGAGAAACCCUAUCAGUGCUUUGAAUGUGGAAAGAGCUUCAGUAGCAAGAACAGUCUCACUUCCCAUGAAAGAAUUCAUAUAGGGGAGAAACCUUAUCAGUGUGUGGAAUGUGGAAAGAGCUUUAGUCACAGCCACAGUCUCACUUCCCAUCAAAGAAUUCAUACAGGGGAGAAACCCUACCGGUGCUUUGAAUGUGGAAAGAGCUUCAGUUAUAGCACGGAGCUCACUUCUCAUCAAAGAAUUCAUACAGGGGAGAAACCCUAUCAGUGUGUGGAAUGUGGAAUGAGCUUCAGUCAGAGCGCUCAUCUCACUUUCCAUCAAAGAAUUCAUACAGGGGAGAAACCCUAUCAGUGCGUGGAAUGUGGAAAGAGCUUCAGUCAGAGCUCCAACCUCACUUCCCAUAAAAGAAUCCAUACAGGGGAGAAACCCUAUCGGUGCUUUGAAUGUGGAAAGAGCUUCAGUAGGAAGGACAGUCUCACAUCCCAUCAAAGAAUUCAUACAGGGGAGAAACCCUAUCAGUGUUGCAUGGAAUGUGGAAAGAGCUUCAGUCAGAGCUCCUAUCUCACUAAGCAUCAAAGAAUUCAUACAGGGGAGAAACCAUAUCAGUGUGUGGAAUGUGGAAAGAGCUUCAGUCGGAGUUCCCAUCUCACGUCCCAUCAUAGAAUUCAUACAGGGGAGAAGCCCUAUCAGUGCUUUGAAUGUGGAAAGAGCUUCAGUCACAGCCACAAUCUCACUUCCCAUCAAAGAAUUCAUACAGGGGAGAAACCAUAUCAGUGCUUUGAAUGUGGAAAGAGUUUCAGUUGUACCACCGAGCUCACUUCCCAUCAAAUAAUUCAUACAGGGGUGAAACCCUAUCGGUGUGUGGAAUGUGGAAAGAGCUUCAAUCGGAGUGCUUAUCUCUCUUCCCAUCAAAGAAUUCAUACAGGGGAGAAACCCUAUCAGUGCUCUGAAUGUGGAAAGAGCUUCAGUCGGAGCUGCAACCUCACUUCCCAUAAAAGAAUCCAUACAGGGGAGAAACCGUAUCAGUGUGCGGAAUGUGGAAAGAGCUUCACUACGGGCUCCUACCUCACUUCCCAUCAAAGAAUUCAUACAGGGGAGAAACCCUAUCAGUGUGUGGAAUGUGGAAAGAGCUUCACUGAUAACUCCUCUCUCACUUCCCAUCGGAGAAUUCAUACAGGGCACAAACCAUAUCGGUGCUUUGAAUGUGGAAAGAGCUUCACUGAUAGCUCCUCUCUCACUUCCCAUCAAAGAAUUCAUACAGGGGAGAAACCAUAUCAGUGUGUAGAGUGUGGAAAGAGCUUCAGUCGGAGUUCCCAUCUCACGUCCCAUCAUAGAAUUCAUACAGGGGAGAAGCCCUAUCAGUGCUUUGAAUGUGGAAAGAGCUUCAGUCACAGCCACAAUCUCACUUCCCAUCAAAGAAUUCAUACAGGGGAGAAACCAUAUCAGUGCUUUGAAUGUGGAAAGAGUUUCAGUUGUACCACCGAGCUCACUUCCCAUCAAAUAAUUCAUACAGGGGUGAAACCCUAUCGGUGUGUGGAAUGUGGAAAGAGCUUCACUACGGGCUCCUACCUCACUUCCCAUCAAAGAAUUCAUACAGGGGAGAAACCCUAUCAGUGUGUGGAAUGUGGAAAGAGCUUCACUGAUAACUCCUCUCUCACUUCCCAUCGGAGAAUUCAUACAGGGCACAAACCAUAUCGGUGCUUUGAAUGUGGAAAGAGCUUCACUGAUAGCUCCUCUCUCACUUCCCAUCAAAGAAUUCAUACAGGGGAGAAACCAUAUCAGUGUGUAGAGUGUGGAAAGUGCUUCAGUCAGAGUUCCCAUCUCACGUCCCAUCUAAGAAUUCAUACAGAGGAGAAAGCCUACCAGUGCAUGGAAUGUGGAAAGAGCUUCACUGAUAGCUGCUCUCUCACUUCCCAUCAAAGAAUUCAUAGCGGGGGAAAACCCUAUCAGUGCUUUGAAUGUGGAAAGAGCUUCAGUAGAAAGAACAGUCUCACUUCCCAUCAAAGAAUUCAUACAGGGGAGAAACCCUAUCAGUGCUUUGAAUGUGGAAAGAGCUUCAGUCAGAGUGAUUAUCUCACUUCCCAUCAAAGAAUUCAUACAGGGGAGAAACCCUAUCAGUGUGUGGAAUGUGGAAAGAGCUUCAAUCAGAGCUCCUCUCUCACUUACCAUAAAAGAAUCCAUACAGGGGAGAAACCAUAUCAGUGUGUGGAAUGUGGAAAGAGCUUCAGGAAGAGCUCCAACCUCAUUUCCCAUAAAAGAAUCCAUACAGGGGAGAAACCAUAUCAGUGUAAGCCCUAUCAGUGUGUUCAAUGUGGAAAGAGCUUCAGUAGGAAGGACAAUCUCACAUCCCAUCAAAGAAUUCAUACAGGAGAGAAACCCUAUCAGUGCUUUGAAUGUGGAAAGAGCUUCACUGAUAGCUCCUCUCUCACUUCCCAUCAAAGAAUUCAUACAGGGGAGAAACCCUAUCAGUGCUUUGAAUGUGGAAAGAGCUUCAGUCAGAGCUCCUCUCUCACUAAGCAUCAGAAAAUUCAUACGGGGGAGAAACCUUAUCACUGCUUUGAAUGUGGAAAGAGCUUCAGUCAGAGCUCCUCUCUCACUUCCCAUCAAAGAAUUCAUACAGGGGAGAAACCCUAUCAGUGCUUUGAAUGUGGAAAAAGCUUCAGGACGAGCUCCUCUCUCACUAAGCAUCAGAAAAUUCAUACGGGGGAGAAACCAUAUCAGUGCUUUGAAUGUGGAAAGAGUUUCAGUUGUAGCACGGAGCUCACUUCCCAUCAAAGAAUUCAUAAAGGGGAGAAACCCUAUCAGUGUGUGGAAUGUGGAAAGAGCUUCAGUCAUAGCCACAGUCUCAAUUCCCAUCAACGAAUUCAUGCAGGGGAGAAACCAUAUCAGUGCUUUGAAUGUGGAAAGAGUUUCACUAAGAGCACCGAUCUCACUUCCCAUCAAAGAAUUCAUACAGGGGAGAAACCCUAUCAGUGUGUGGAAUGUGGAAGGAGCUUCAGUCGCAGCUACAGUCUCACUUCCCAUCAAAGAAUUCAUACAGGGGAGAAGCCAUAUCAGUGCUUUGCAUGUGGAAAGAGCUUCAGUAAGAGCACUGAGCUCACUUUCCAUCAAAGAAUUCAUACAGGGGAGAAACCCUAUCAGUGUGUGCAAUGUGGAAAGAGCUUCAGUAGGAAGGACAGUCUCACAUCCCAUCAAAGAAUUCAUACAGGAGAGAAACCCUAUCAGUGCUUUGAAUGUGGGAAGAGCUUCACUGAUAGCUCCUCUCUCACUUCCCAUCGGAGAAUUCAUACAGGGGAGAAACCAUAUCAGUGCUUUGAAUGUGGAGAGAGCUUCAUUCAGAGCUCCUCUCUCACUUUCCAUCAAAGAAUUCAUACAGAGGAGAAAGCCUACCAGUGCGUGGAAUGUGGAAAGAGCUUCACUGAUAGCUGCUCUCUCACUUCCCAUCAAAGAAUUCAUAGCGGGGGGAAACCCUAUCAGUGCUUUGAGUGUGGAAAGAGCUUCAGUCGUAAGAACAGUCUCACUUCCCAUCAAAGAAUUCAUACAGGGGAGAAACCCUAUCAGUGCUUUGAAUGUGGAAAGAGCUUUAGUCACAGCCGCAGUCUCACUUCCCAUCAAAGAAUUCAUACAGGGGAGAAACCCUAUCAGUGCUUUGAAUGUGGAAAGCGCUUCAGUCAGAGUGCUCAUCUCACUUCCCAUCAAAGAAUUCAUACAGGGGAGAAACCCUAUCAGUGCUUUGAAUGUGGAAAGAGCUUUAGUCACAGCCACAGUCUCACUUCCCAUCAAAGAAUUCAUAGAGGGGAGAAACCCUAUCGGUGCUUUGAAUGUGGAAAGAGCUUCAGUUAUAGCACUGACCUCACUUCCCAUCAAAGAAUUCAUACAGGGGAGAAACCCUAUCAGUGUGUGGAAUGUGGAAAGAGCUUCAGUCAGAGCACCCAUCUCACUACCCAUCAAAGAAUUCAUACAGGGGAGAAACCCUAUCAGUGCUUUGAAUGUGGAAAGAGCUUCAGUCAGAGCUCCACUCUCACUAAGCAUCAGAAAAUUCAUACGGGGGAGAAACCCUAUCAGUGCUUUGAAUGUGGAAAGAGCUUCACUGAUAGCUCCUCUCUCACUUCCCAUCGGAGAAUUCAUACAGGGGAGAAACCCUAUCAGUGCUUUGAAUGUGGAAAGAGCUUCAGUCAGAGCUCCAACCUCACUUCCCAUCAAAGAAUUCAUACAGGGGAGAAACCAUAUCACUGCGUGGAAUGUGGAAAGAGCUUCACUGAUAGCUCCACUCUCACUUCCCAUCAAAGAAUUCAUACAGGGGAGAAACCAUAUCAGUGCUUUGAAUGUGGAAAGAGCUUCGUUUGGAGCACUGAUCUCACUUCCCAUCAGAGAAUUCAUACAGGGGAGAAACCCUAUCAGUGCUUUGAAUGUGGAAAGAGCUUCAGUCAUAGCUCCUCUCUCGCUUGCCAUCAAAGAAUUCAUACAGGGGAGAAACCAUAUCAGUGCUUUGAAUGUGGAAAGAGCUUCAUUUGGAGCACUCAUCUCACUUCCCAUCAGAGAAUUCAUACAGGGGAGAAACCCUAUCAGUGCUUUGAAUGUGGAAAGAGCUUCACUGAUAGCUCCUCUCUCACUUCCCAUCGGAGAAUUCAUACAGGGGAGAAACCCUAUCAGUGCUUUGAAUGUGGAAAGAGCUUCAGUCAUAGCUCCUCCCUCGCUUCCCAUCAAAGAAUUCAUACAGGGGAGAAACCAUAUAAGUGCUUUGAAUGUGGAAAGAGCUUCAUUUUGAGGACUCAUCUCACUUCCCAUCAGAGAAUUCAUACAGGGGAGAAACCCCAUCAGUGCUUUGAAUGUGGAAAGAGCUUCACUGAUACCUCCUCUCUCACUUCCCAUCGGAGAAUUCAUACAGGGGAGAAACCAUAUCAGUGCUUUGCAUGUGGAAAGAGCUUCACUGAUAGCUCCUCUCUCACUUCCCAUCAAAGAAUUCAUACAGGGGAGAAACCCUAUCAGUGUGUGGAAUGUGGAAGGAGCUUCAGUCGCAGCCACAGUCUCACUUCUCACCAAAGAAUUCAUACAGGGGAGAAACCCUAUCAGUGUGUGCAAUGUGGAAAGAGCUUCAGUAGGAAGGACAGUCUCACAUCCCAUCAAAGAAUUCAUACAGGAGAGAAACCCUAUCAGUGCUUUGAAUGUGGAAAGAGCUUCACUGAUAGCUCCUCUCUCACUUCCCAUCGGAGAAUUCAUACAGGGGAGAAACCAUAACAGUGCUUUGAAUGUGGAAAGAGCUUCAUUCAGAGCUCCUCUCUCACUUUCCAUCAAAGAAUUCAUACAGGGGAGAAACCCUACCAGUGCGUGGAAUGUGGAAAGAGCUUCACUGAUAGCUCCACUCUCAAUUCCCAUCAGAAAAUUCAUACAGGGGAGAAACCUUAUCAGUGUGUAGAAUGUGGAAAGAGCUUUAGUCACAGCCACAGUCUCACUUCUCACCAAAGAAUUCAUACAUGGGACAAACCCUAUCGGUGCUUUGAAUAUGGAAAGCGCUUCAGUCAGAGUGCUCAUCUCACUUUCCAUCAAAGAAUUCAUACAGGGGAGAAACACUAUCAGUGUGUGGAAUGUGGAAAGAGCUUCAGGAAGGGCUCCAACCUCAUUUCCCAUAAAAGAAGCUAUACAGGGGAGAAACCAUAUAAAUACUUUGAAUGUGGAAUGAGCUUCAGGAAGAGCUCCAACCUCACUUCCCAUCAAAGAAUCCAUAUGAAGGUCGGAAAACCCAUUAUACAAGGGAGAAACCACAUCAGUGCUUUGAAUGUGGAAAGAGCUUCAGUUGUAGGACAGAUAAUUCAUACGAAGGUAGGAAAAGCCAUUGUACAUCUUUAGGAGCCAGCCAAACCGUACCUUUUUAACCAGACCUUUGUCUGAUUGACAUCUAAUGCCCUUUUAAAAUGUGGUGUUUUGUGUUUUUAUGUUGUAACCAUCCUGAGACCUGUGGGUGUAGGGAAUAUGCGCCAACUCUUAAAGGCCUAGGUGUCUUUGCCCCCCAAUAAAAUAUUUGAGGAGACCACGCCCCAAUUUUUUUCCUGUGUUUUUUUCAAACGCAACCUUUUAUUCCGUAAUCUGCCAUACAAUUUCUCUUUCAAUUUGCCCUCUU